AUGUACCAUGUUGCGAACCCUCCAGUUGGUAGCGCCGCCGGUCCCCAAUACCCAGGCAGGAAUGUAGACAACAACCAAAAGCAGGACGAAAGUGAACGUGUAUUUUACAUACUGUACAGCAAGAGUGAAAGUGACAAAAAGUGGGCCACACGUGACCGCUUAAGUAGCCGCUGGUCGGGGAAACCAGGCCGAUCCGGAGUCGGUUCUCAGAAGACGACCUUGGUUAGGCUCGGAAAUCCUCAAAGAAUGGGCAGCUUGAAGAGCGGAUUUCAAAAUUCCACUCCAUACCGAUCGUUAGCUUUUUAUUGGCGGCGGGUUACUUCACUUACUUCGCUCACGGGUUCCUCACAACGUUCUUUUUGCUUAAUUGGAUUCUGUGAAACGCUGGAUUGGCGACCCGUUGACUUUGUGGACCUAUCGUCUGCACUAUGCUGCACCUUAUGCAGCGUGAUUCCCGGUAAGACCUUCCUUCUACAAUGUUCUCAUGCAGUAUGCCAACUCUGCUACGAUGGUCUACUUAAGUGUGGUGGACGAUGUCCUAUGGACAAAGAAUGCUUCGAAGAAAGUGGAGUGCAAACGUUUGCCUUCUCGCAACGUCGAGUUGAAAGACAGAUCGUGUUGUGCAUGAAUUCCAAGAAAGGGUGCGCUUUCGUCGGAACGGUGGAAGAAAUGAAACAUCAUUUUUUUAAAGAGUGCGAAUUCCACGCUGUCACGUGCAAGCUCUGCAGGGCUAAGGUUCUUCGUCGGGAGGUCGUGAACCAUUACACACAGCGCUGUCAACACAGACGGUCUUCCCCUGGUGGAGAUUAUUCCCGUGGUGAUGGUGUGGAGCUCGAGGCGAUGCCCGACGUCUCAGUGAGGAAAUAUGAACAGAAUAUAACUUCGGUGGUACGGCAGCUAAACGAGCAUCAAGAACUGCUCAAGAGAAUUCUCGAAAAACAGGAACGGUUAGAUACUGCAGUGAGCAACGCUGGAAACGAAUUUCACGAGCAAGUGGAAGAGCAAACGAGAUUCUUAGGAGAGGCUGUGAACAGAACACUGGAAAGAUCGCUGAGAGAUACGAACAGGAACUUGCAGGUGAUAAAAGAAGAGAUAGAGGGGAACGUGCAACAGUUGGAUGUCAUGCACGAAGGCUUGAAUAGCGCGAUAGAAAAGCAAUUUAAUGAACAAGCAGGCGGGAUAAGAAGGAAUGAAGAGUUGCUAAAGAAAGUUCUUGAGAAACAGGAAGGUGUAACUACUGAUGUGAGUAAUGUUGCGAGCCAGUUGCAGGAUCUUCACGAAGAGGAAACGAAAGUUUACAAUGAGGUGUUGAAAGCCAAGGUGUUACUAGAACACUCGGACGCUACUCUGGAAAAUAUGGAAAGUGUGAAACGAGACCUGAAUACGUUAUUGCAGCGGUCGGAAGAAGGAAUAAAAUUCAUUAACGUGGAAGUUGGAGAGGAAAAGGAAAUGAAACCCAUUGCGAAAGCAAUUUUUGAUAUCAGUCAGAAAACAGAAUCCCUGGAAGAAGCUGCAAAUAGUCUGCAUCUCCAACGGUUAUCAGAUUCUAACGAAGUGUUCUAUCACAUUGAAGGGUUUUCAGAGUUUCGAAUGGAAUGGGAAGGAAAAAGAGUAGCUCGUUUUUCUGAUGUGUUCGUUUUCUGCGGAUACUCUGCGAAGUUGGAGGUGGACAUCAGCAAAGUUGAUGGUGUCAUGUACCUCGGUCUAUUUUUCUGUGUCUGUCGGAGCUCGCGUGAUUCUCUCUUGAAGUGGCCCUUCACCAUUCCCUACACACUUAUGUUGGUUCAUCCAAAAGACGAGAAGAACAAUAUUGAAUUGUCUAAAACGGACUUUUCCACUAACACAUUAUGUUUCUGUAGGCCAAUCACAGCUCAGAACGUGGGGAUGGGGAUAGGUGAACUCUGCAAAGUGGAGGACGUUGAACGUCUUGGCUUUGUCUUUCAAGAUUCUCUUUGCGUUGGUGUCAAGGUCCAUUCAGGUCGAUGAUCAGUGACACAGAUAUGUGUGGAAGGCGUGUUGAAGCAACAGAGGUGCACCACAGGAAGAAAAUGAACAAGUUUGCGUGAGCUCAUCAUGCCCGGCGCUUCCUUUGGAGCUUUACACUAACCGCAAUUUACUAUUACCCGUUCUUCACGAACCGCUGAUUCGAAGAUACACGACGGCUGUGAAUCGAAGAGGGAUCCGCAUCUGCAGGACAUUUACCACAGCGUGUAAAAAUUAAUGUUUAAUGAAGUAUUUCUCCGAAACACGGUGUGAGAGACAUUUAUUUUUUGGGAAGCUUUUUUACAAAUUACGAGCAAUUGAAGGAAAUAGUAAUUACGAGAAAUUCAAUUGGUUACCAACAAAGGUUAGAAAGAAAGUAACCCCGCCUUUACGGCACUCGGCAGUUUCAAGAGGACGCUGUCCGACUGAACGACCAUCUCCGGUUUAUCGACCCGUCGAUGGAUUUCGUUGCCACACACCACUGCUCGCGUCAAGAAACGUCCAUUCUACACCGACUACGCCUUAAAGGAGCUCUGAAUGCAAACUCAAAAAUUUUCCGUUCCUAACGCGUUGUGGAAGCAGGUAACUUAACUUGAUGUUUAACACGAAAAUUUUCUCUGUGCGCGAUGUUUUUCGUAGAAAAAAAGACACUGGAACAUCGCCGCGCGUGUUCCCACUCGACUCGCUCCUCCGGGUCAAACGAGGAGGAGAAAGAAAAAAAAACCGUCAUUGGUGACGUAAUAAAAGUUGAAAGCGGCGA